CGAAAAAUCUGUUAUACACGGCCUGCCGCCUGGCCCUGUGGCGGCAGGUGGCAUCGCGGCGAUGACGUGGCGCCGGUGGAUCUCUUGUGCCGGGAAGCGGAGGAGGGAGCCGCGGUGCGAGGCGCCGCCGCCGUGACAGCUUCCCCACCUCCUCGCACCGCCACCUCGCCCCGUAGUUCCCUGCCGCGUGGCGCCCGGUUCUUCGCCGCCGCGUACCGUAGUGCGCCGUCACCGGGAUCCUUCUCCCCUUCAACGCCGCCGCCGGGGUCUUAGCUCCUCUUCCCGGCCGCCGGCUCCCCGCCAUAGCACGAUUAGACCUGGUGGGAUGUAUAACAUAUUAACAUCAGAGUAGGAUAUGAAAAGAAUAUGCAGUCUUGCCCGAAUAAACUUCUUCGGCUGUGGGAUGCUACCAUAGCUUAUUCCUUUGAAAGAUGUGAGAAAUAUAUUUGGAUUGGGGAAGCGCGAAGCAGAAGCAAUUAUUUAGUCAUAUAGAAAGGGGCUUGCAAAAUCCUUUAAUAUUGAUUUCGCUGCAGCUCCUAGGAAAGCACUGUUCCUCCAAAAUCUCUGCGAAGAGUUACAGUUUGAUCCUGAACUUACUAGCAAGAUUCAUGAAGUGCAGUGGCGUCAGCCGUGUUCUCAAUGAGGACGAAGACUUCAUGGCGCAAAUGUGGAAACCAAUUAACAUCCAGUUGAUGCAGCAUAAAUUCUAUGGUGUUGCAAGCAAAAAUGAUCGUGUACUCAUCUAAAAGCUCAAAGGGAACGCUGUUUCCUGUACGAUCAAUGCUUGUCUUCUUCAUUGCACUAUUUGGUUUCUAUGUCUGCUACUUCUCCUUCACUCAAAUAACCUUAGAAAAUGAAGAAGAAGAAAUGAACGGAGCAGAAGAACGAACAAACGUUCUAUGCAAAAGACCUUCAGAAAUUCCAUAUGAGCAGAUGCAGUAUGUGCACUUUCCAAGACCUAUGAGUUACGACAGGGGAGAAUGUGAAUGUACCCCGGUCCGUUUCUUUGUCAUUGUAUCAAUGCAAAGAUCAGGCAGUGGGUGGUUUGAGACUCUGCUCAACAGCCACCCCAAUGUCAGCUCAAAUGGUGAAAUCUUCUCGGUGAGGGAGCGCAGAGAGGAUAUCGCGUCGAUCUUGUGGACUCUUGACAAGCUGUAUGAUUUGGAUUGGCACACCAGCGCAGCAAAAAAUGAAUGCACGGCUGCAUUUGGAUUGAAGUGGAUGCUAAAUCAGGGCCUUAUGGAUUAUCCAGAUGAGAUUGUGGAUUAUUUGAUAAAAAAGGGUGUGAUGGUGAUAUUUCUCUUCAGGAGGAAUACAUUAAGGAGGCUCGUCUCUGUGUUGGCCAAUGACCAUGACAAAAAAACGAAGCAGUUGAAUGGCACCCACAAAGCGCAUGUUCACUCACAAGAGGAGGCUGAGAUCCUAGCGAGGUUCAAACCGGAGGUGGACGUGUCAUCUCUGAUCCCAAGCAUGAGAAGCGCGGAGCAGUCCAUGGACGCCUGCCUGCGCCGCUUCCGCGCCACGCGCCACAUGAUCCUCUACUACGAGGACGUAAUCCGCGACGACAAUGCGCUGUCUCGGGUGCAGGAGUUCCUGGGACUCCCGGUGAGGAGGCUGUCCAGCCGGCACGUCAAGAUCCACACCAGCCCACUCCCGGACCUGGUGGACAACUGGGAGGACGUGAGACGCACGCUCAAGCCCACGGAGUUUGCUCGUUUACUUGACGGCUGAAGACUAGACAUCUGUUUUUGUUCCGGCAGGGCCUUCCGUUUUCAUUUCUUUCUUGGGACUGCACAAUGGGAUUGGAAGUUGUUCAGCUGUUUUCUUCCUCGAAGGUAGGUGUAGCAUUCUUCUGCAGGGCAGGAAGCAAAUAUCAUGAGAUUGAAUAAGUUUGCUUUUCGGAUAACGGAGUAGUGCCCAGAUAAUAAAGUAUUCAAAAGUCUUUUUUUUUUGCGGGGUAAAGUAUUCAAAAGUCAAAACUAUUGAUUGUUUCAGGAAUGAAUGAUACUAGCAAAAAACGACUUGUACAGAUUCUCGUCUACAGGUAAAUAUUAUCUCCAUCCCCUUUUAUUAAAA